AUGUCUACCGCCGCUCGCCGCCGCUUGAUGCGUGACUUCAAGCGCAUGCAAACCGAUCCUCCCGCCGGCGUAUCAGCUUCCCCUGUUCCCGAUAAUGUCAUGACCUGGAACGCCGUGAUAAUAGGCCCUGCCGACACGCCCUUUGAGGACGGAACCUUCAGGCUUGUCAUGCAUUUCGAGGAGCAGUACCCUAAUAAGCCGCCUGCCGUCAAGUUCAUCAGCCAGAUGUUCCACCCAAACGUCUACGCCACCGGCGAGCUCUGUCUCGAUAUCCUCCAGAACCGAUGGAGUCCCACAUACGACGUUGCCGCCGUGCUGACGAGCAUCCAGAGUUUGCUUAACGAUCCCAACACUGGCUCGCCCGCGAACGUGGAAGCAUCCAACCUGUACAAGGAUAACCGAAAGGAAUACACGAAGCGAGUGCGGGAGACGGUGGAAAAAAGCUGGGAGGAUUAG